GUUGAUCUCAGACUCGGGUCUCUUACCUACCAUCAUAUUGCUCAUUUGUAUCACGCUAUCAAAUUCACGGUUUUGUCUUGUUAUUCUUUGUCCGAUUCGUCUUAGUGUUUCCCGCCGCCACCACGGCGGGCUCACAAUAGCCAGCAACUUCGUCACAUCGUCGUUCUUUAACAUUCAUUUCUAACUAACUAAUAGUAUAUAGUAUUCCGGACAUUCCCGAUACGCUCCCUUAGUACGCGUACACUCAUUGUCGCCUUCCCUUAGUCAUCUAUCCGAGGUUGAGGAACUACUCAUGCUUGUAUUUAGGUUUUCCUAUAGUCGAUUCUGCUUAUGACUUUUUUGAUGCCUGACCUCUCUGAGCUUGGGUGAGUGAUAGUUGAAAUUUGGAUGUACGAACCACCUUAUUGGGGUCAUAGCGCGAGAAUGGGAAUAUAUUUCUUCGUUAGUGGUGAGUAUUAUCAGGUCGUAGUUCGUUGUAUUUUGUGUAAACUCGCACGCGCUCAAUUUGCAGGAUUUGGAACUUUGAUUGGUAGGUGCUUUUAUGACAUUCUUUGCUUCGGAUUCCGAGUACUCAAGUCUUUACCUAACAACCCCCAUACGCGGCGCUCUGCUACAUCGAAUUAUAACUGGUGGAUACCCGCUGUGUUCUCUGGGGCGACUUACACUAUGAUGCCGCUUUUUGCAUUCAAAUCCACUCUGAUUCACUGCAUCACAGCUCGUUGCCCUGGCUAGUAGGAUAUUGUAUAUUGACAUGCAGUUAACGUUGUUAGAAAGCAGAUCGAGGAAGCAUGCAAUGCUCAAGUAGCAUGUGCAUGUAUUUGAUAAUGUGAUUGCAUUGGUUUUCUCCGAACCCUUGAUUGAUGAAUGGAAUUCCUUCAUGCCUCACAUUGUCGUGGCCCCCAGUUGCCGUUAAGAAGUGACCUUUCGCAGUGUGCAGAAGACAGUGGGUUGAGCACACGCUACUAUUUAGGCUAUCAAGGCAGAGCAAGCGAUCGAUUCGGCUCCCUCUAGGGCGCCUAGUAUUCGGAAAAAUGGGCAGUGUCCUUCAGACUGUGCUUU